CCCUGCCCGCUCUCUCGCUGCCCACUCUCUUCCUCGACCUGCCCCAGGCUCGAUGCGGGCCGGCGCUGGCCAUGGAGAAGCUGUACCUGGCGGGGAGCAGCACCUGGACCAUCAACAGCUCCCUGGGGAACGGCAGCCUGCGGCUGGGGACCCUGAGCGCGGGCAGGAACAGCAGCGCCGACCCCCUGAAGAGGAACGAGGACAUGGCCAAGGUGGAGGUGACGGUGCUGUGCCUCAUCCUGUUCCUCGCCCUGACCGGCAACCUGUGCGUGCUGCUGGCCAUCCACACCACCCGCCACAAGCACUCCCGCAUGUACUUCUUCAUGAAGCACCUGAGCAUCGCUGACCUGGUCGUGGCCAUCUUCCAGGUGCUGCCCCAGCUCAUCUGGGACAUCACCUUCAGGUUCUACGGGCCGGAUUUCCUCUGCCGCUUGAUCAAGUACCUGCAGGUCGUGGGGAUGUUCGCUUCCACCUACAUGCUGCUGCUGAUGUCCCUGGACCGCUGCUUGGCCAUCUGUCAGCCCCUGAGGUCCCUGCACAGGAGAGCUGACCGGGUCUCUGUCCUCCUCACCUGGCUGCUGUGCCUGCUGGUCAGCAUCCCUCAGAUCCACAUAUUUUCUCUCAGGGAUGUGGGGAAUGGGGUUUACGACUGUUGGGCAGAUUUCAUCCAGCCCUGGGGACCGAAAGCCUACGUUACCUGGAUCACCCUCAUGGUCUAUAUCAUCCCUGUGUUGAUGCUGAGCAUCUGCUAUGGCUUAAUCAGCUUCAAAAUCUGGCAGAACGUGAAGCUGAAGACGGCCCAUGGGCCCAGCGCGGGUCUGGGCUCAGGCUCCCGCGGUGGGAUGGUGUUUGCCAGGGUCAGCAGCACCAGGCUCAUCUCUAAAGCCAAGAUCCGGACAGUCAAAAUGACCUUUAUCAUCGUGCUGGCCUUCAUAGUGUGCUGGACUCCCUUCUUCUUCGUGCAGAUGUGGUCAGUGUGGGACACCAACGCCCCGCAGGAAGCCUCCCCGUUCAUCAUCGCCAUGCUCCUGGCCAGCCUCAACAGCUGCUGCAACCCCUGGAUCUACAUGCUCUACACCGGGCACCUCUUCCACGACCUGAUGCGCCGCUUCCUCUGCUGCUCCGCGCGCUACCUCAAGUCGCGGCCGGCGUGUGAGCUGAGCAAGAAGAGCAACUCCUCGUCCUUCGCGCUCAGCUGCAGGAGCCCGAGCCAGAGGAGCUUCGUGCAGCCGCCCCCGACGUGAGGCCGCGGCAGCGGCGCC